AUGCGCGGCGUGGUCGCAGACAUAACAUCUCUCCCCUCCAUCGGUACUCUCCUCACAGCUCUCGCUAACCAUUUCUCCGGCAAGAAACUCAGCAUACUCGUCUUCAACGCAGCCUUCAAUACUCGACCUAGGAUAGGUAGCGCCAGUGAAGCAGACAUCAGCCACUCUCUAACAGGAAACUUGCACUGGCCAAUCGUUCUCAUGGAAAAUCUGGUGCGUCAGGAUCUCUUCACGCCACACAGCCGCGUCGUAGUCAUCUCUUCAGAUCGCGUACGAGACCCCUCUCCUGGAUCUGGACUGUUCAAUGCUACGCGUGCAGCAAUGGAGUCGCUGGUGCGAUCGUGGGCCAUUGAGUUGCCGCAUAGCUUUCCAGGAACGACAGUGAAUGCUGUGUCUGUGGGACUGACGGAUACACCUGGCUUGCGGUCCUUUCCCCCAGAAGCUGUGCGGGCGUUGAAGGACCAGAGGCUACCAAAGGUCAAGGUCGCCGAGGGAGGAAGAAUGGGACAGGCGGAGGAUGUAGCCGAUGUUGUAGGGUUUCUAGUCAGUGAGCAGAGUAGAUGGGUUAGCGGGAGUGUGAUGGCGGCGAAUGGAGGGGCUGAGUGGGUUGGUGGGAGUUCUUGA